UACCACGUCUUCGUGGAUCCCCCGGGACCCAAAACCGGAAAUGGUGGAUCAACGCUUCACGUCCUUCAGUGCUUGGAAGAUCUGUACGGUGACAAAUGGACUUCCUUUACCGUGCUGCUCAUUCAUUCCGGUGGCUACAGUCAGCGGUUACCAAAUGCGAGUGCCCUGGGAAAGAUUUUCACAGCUUUGCCUUUUGGGGAUCCCAUUUACCAGAUGCUGGAGCUGAAGCUCGCCAUGUACAUCGACUUCCCCAGCCACAUGGAGCCGGGAGUUCUCGUUACGUGCUCGGAUGACAUAGAGCUUUACAGCACUGGGGUGACAGAAGCCGUCAGGUUCAAUAAACCUGGAUUCACUGCAUUGGCUCACCCUUCGGACUUGGCAGUUGGGACCACUCACGGAGUGUUUGUUUUAGAUCCAUCCAGUUUUUCGGGGAAAGGAGAGCUUGAAUACGCGUCCUGCCAUCGUUUCCUGCACAAGCCUGACGUUGAGACGAUGCGCCGGUGCGGCGCGGUGUGCGUGAGAGGGAACUGUGCUCAGACGAGUUCCUCCGAACCGGACCGGGAGUGCGUGUACACAGACAGCGUGUUUUACAUGGAUCACGGCACCGCAGCACGACUGCUGGCGUUUUAUAAGCAGGUGGGCGCUCUUUGCUGUGAAAUAGACGCGUACGGUGACUUCCUCCAGGCCCUGGGACCUGGCGCCACGCUAGAUUACACCCAGAAGACGAGUAACGCCCCAAAAGAGGGGUGGCGGCUGGUGGAAGUGCGGCAGAAGCUGCACGCCCUGCUGAGCGGAACCGCACUCCACGUGGUCCUCUUGAACAACUCCGAGUUCUACCACAUCGGCACUACCCAGGAGUACUUGUUUCAUUUGACGUCUGACAGCAAGCUGAAAUUUGAGCUGGACUUGCUGUCGGUGGCUUUUAGCAUCUUCUCUGACGGGGCCGGGAGCUGGGAUCGGUCGGCCAGCGUCAUGCAGAGUGUGCUGGAGCCGGGGUGUUCCGUGGGACCUGGGUCCAUCAUCGAAUACUCCCGAGUGGGGCCCGAGGUCUCGGUGGGGAAGAACAGCAUUAUCAGUGGGGCGCACAUCGAUUUUAAAGUAGACGUACCUUCGGGCUGUUUUCUGAGUUCACUAAGUGUAAAAACGAACGAUCAAGUACAGUAUGUCAGUAUGAUGUUUGGUGUAGAAGACGACUUGAAAAAGAGUGUGAAGUCAUUGUCAGAUGUGCCUUCACUCCGGUUCUUUGGAGUCAGCUUGCCAGAAUGCUUGGACCUCUGGGGCGUGAAGGUUUCAGACCAGCUCUUCUCCGGUGAGAAUGUCUGUCUGGGGCUGUGGACCGCCAGGAUUUUCCCUCUUUGUUCUACUUUAAGUGAAUCAGUUAGAAUGUCACUAAAAAUGUUAAAUUCUGUGCAGCGCAUGUCGCCUCUUCAACUGAAUGGCUUUAAGCUCUUGUCUGUUGAAGAAAUGCUGGCAUGUAAAGAUGUAGAAGACAUGUUGAAGUUUAGGAAGCAAAUUUAUGAUGAAAUCCUUCUACGAAGACCCAAAGAGAAGUCUGACCUGGGGAAGGAACAGUACUUGAACAAAUUUCCCAUUUCCAGUUGUGGGUGA